GAAAUUGCAAUUCCCAUCAGUCAGAUGAACAGAGUUAAUAAUAGCACACCGAACGGGGCAGGAGCACAUCUAAUCCUCGCACGAUGCUUGCGCUCUCACUUCUCUCUCGUGAACAGUAAAUUGAGAGGUCUUUGAAAGACGAUUCCAUGCUCUUGCUUCUGUUUUCGUUUACUAUCACGCUCGUGCAUUGUGUGACUUUAGGUUCAUACCUACUUAUUCUUCUACUCCCAGAAUUUACCCUGACUCUGUAUUUAAAGCACCCAUAGAAAGUAAAAACAGAGAGGAGAAAAAGGAAAGGGAAAACAAUUUUUAUUUUAAUUUUUUUGAAAAGAAGGGAAAACAACUUUAAAAACAGAGUUCUGUGAAACAAGCUUGGAUCUCCCAGGGAGAGAGAGAGAGAGAGAGAGAGAGAGAGAGAGAUACUACUUGAGACUUGAGAGAAACAGAGGAGGAUCAGAGAGAGAGAGAGAGAGAGCGCCUUUUUUCCCUGCAAAAGUAGGUGCUAGCAUAAACUGAUUGAGGAGGUCCUUUUCGAGAACUGAUCCCAUCUGCGAGAGAGGCUUUUCGGUCUGCAUAGUGUCUGAAACAAGCAAACUUGCUCUUAGGGCACUUUUAUGGCAAACCUUUGAAGCUUUCCGUUUUCCCAUAUAAAGCCUGUAGGUUCCUCGGUUUGUGAAUUCCCAUAAUUUCCAUUACUGUAUCUCAUUUACUCAACCAAACAGAAAACCUCAUUAAGGCUUCUUCAAGAGAGAGAGAGAGAGAGAGAGAGAGAGAGAGAUUAUUGGUACGGGUUCUACUAUUUCCCCACAAGAGUACUGAAGGUUUCUUUCUUGGUUUACUAAAACUCCCAUUAUUUCCAUGGACAAAAUAACAUCUACAGCUGGAGAAAGAUUUUGAGGGAGAGAGAGAUUUUGCAAUAAUAAUUGUACAUUUAUUAUUGCUUGAGGUUAAAUAUGCAUUAAACCCCUGCUUCUAGCCCUAUUGCCAGUCAACUGUAUCAAGAAAAAAGAUAUCUGGAGAAGUGAAGAAGCAAUGGUGCCCCAGAAACAAGGUGAAUCUGCAAUAGUCUCGUUGGGAGCGAAUGAGACUGAACCAGAUGAGCAGAGAGGAGAAGAAAGGGUAGAUCAGUCAAUGUCUAGCUUCAAAAGCAUUCUUUGGCAUGGUGGGUCUGUUUAUGAUGCCUGGUUCAGCUGUGCAUCAAACCAGGUAGCACAAGUUCUGCUCACAUUGCCCUACUCCUUCUCCCAACUGGGUAUGCUCUCAGGGGUCCUUUUCCAAGUUUUCUAUGGCCUCAUGGGAAGCUGGACUGCUUAUCUCAUCAGUGUUCUUUACGUCGAGUACCGUACCCGAAAGGAGAGAGAGAAUUUCAGCUUCAAAAACCAUGUCAUACAGUGGUUUGAAGUUCUAGAUGGGUUGUUGGGUCCAUACUGGAAAGCCGUGGGAUUAGCCUUCAACUGCACUUUCCUUCUCUUCGGGUCUGUCAUACAGCUCAUUGCUUGUGCAAGUAACAUAUACUACAUAAAUGACAAACUGGACAAGAGGACAUGGACGUACAUAUUCGGGGCUUGCUGCGCUACAACCGUGUUCAUACCUUCGUUUCACAACUACAGGAUUUGGUCUUUCCUGGGUCUCGGCAUGACCACCUACACUGCCUGGUACCUAACCAUCGCAUCCUUCAUUCACGGUCAGGUCGAAGGAGUGACUCAUUCCGGGCCAACGAAACUGGUGCUCUAUUUCACAGGGGCCACCAAUAUACUCUACACUUUCGGCGGGCAUGCCGUCACUGUGGAAAUCAUGCAUGCAAUGUGGAAGCCCCAGAAAUUCAAGUACAUAUAUCUGUUUGCCACAUUCUACGUAUUCACCUUGACGAUUCCGUCGGCUUCCGCGGUGUAUUGGGCAUUUGGUGACCAGCUCCUCAACCAUUCCAAUGCUUUUUCUCUCCUUCCACGGACCGGCUUCCGCGAUGCCGCCGUCAUCCUAAUGCUUAUUCACCAGUUUAUUACAUUUGGAUUUGCUUGCACACCACUCUACUUUGUGUGGGAGAAAGUGGUUGGGGUACAUGACACAAAGAGCAUAUGUUUAAGGGCACUCGUACGGCUACCGGUGGUGAUACCAAUAUGGUUCCUGGCCAUCAUUUUCCCCUUCUUUGGGCCUAUUAACUCUGCCGUGGGGGCACUUCUAGUCAGCUUCACCGUCUACAUCAUCCCCGCUCUCGCUCAUAUGCUCACUUACAGAACGGCCUCGGCUAGACGGAAUGCAGCAGAGAAACCGCCGUUCUUCCUCCCGAGCUGGACCGCAAUGUACAUGGUGAACGCAUUUGUUGCGGUGUGGGUAUUUGUCGUUGGAUUCGGAUUCGGAGGGUGGGCCAGCAUGACGAACUUCAUCAAACAAGUUGACACCUUCGGGCUCUUUGCCAAAUGCUAUCAGUGCAAACCACCAACGCCAGCACAUCACUGAGUUUUGGGCUUAAACGCGCCAUUGUAACGCACUCUCUCUUGUAUGGUAGGUCUCGGGAGGCACGUAUAUCAUUGCCUCCCCUUGUACGUGGUGUGCUGUAAUUUUUGUGUGUCGCCUAUACGAAUUCAUAGAUGUAUCAAGCGGAUGAUGAUGAACGUGAUUAUUCGUUAGAAAGUGAUGUUGUGGAUUCAAUUUGCAGUAAUAUAGUUGAACAUAAAUUGUGU